UCCAGGCAUGACAAUAAACUGUUCAUAAUAAGAACUUGAUUGGCUACGGUCUAGAUCUCUGUUCUUAAUGUCUAUCAAUUGCUCAUGAAUCUUCAAAGCUAUACAGCAGCAGGACCUACUGUUUUAUCAGGCUAAUACUGUUGUAUGCUGUCAUACAUUAGGUAUGAAAAGUGCACCAUUUAAUGGAUCAGUGUGCACCCAAUCAAUUUUUCCCAUAAGAAAUCAUGUCUAGAAUUACAGUUUAGAUGUGUUCUUAAUGUCUGUCAAUUACUCAUUGAUAAUUCUUCAAUAUGUCUCCGAGAUUCAGAUCUUCUUCACCUGCCAAAACCACUGAAAACAUAACCUUUUUGCCUUUGAUCACAAAAAUGGUUAUUACGAAUAUUGUAAAUGAAAUACAAAUUUUGUCCACACUACUUGAAAAGCCUAUCCAGGAUUCUGUUGAGGAAUUUGGAGCUUGGAAGGUGCAUGGUGAAGACAGGAGGAUAACUCUUUAAAUUUGUGGUAAAAAUGGCAAAAAGUACCUAACCACUGCUGCUUCAUGCACAGCCCUUUUCAGCAUUCCAUGGCACCGACAGAAAGGCUGACAAAACACAUUCGUGUAUGACAGCCUGGCUUCUCUCCCCUUCCUGGAUGUUUCAGUGCUUUUGUGAGAUUCUGACCGAAGGAGGUCAUCAUCCAUCAACAUUGUGAACAUCAGCACUGAAGCCAAAGAAGGACAUUCGGCCAUUGUGGUAAGUGAGUCCAGACAGCAUGGAGGACUGCUUGCACACAUCUUCUGAGAACCUCUCCAAACUGGUGAGCUGGGCCCACAGCCAUGGCACCAUCUGUAACCUCAUCCCCAGCCUGAAGCACCUGCUCUCCGAGGGCUCCCAUGGCAACCUGACGGCCAUGUGGGGCUGCAGUGCUGGUCACGCUUACCACUGGCCGCUGACAUCGACCUGCCGGGCCGGGUCCCAGGAGCGUGCGUGUUGCCCAGACAACCGCAACUUCGGCUCAGGUAGUCCCGGCCUCCUGGGGACCAGCUCCGAGACACAGCACAGCCCCGAGGAGAGGUUCCUGGGGAGACAAGCCAAAGGCAAGGCGGACUCAGUCCAGACACGGGACUCCUGCGACUUCUCCUACUGUAGCGAGCCCUCAGAAGCGGACGACAAUGUCGAGGAGUACGAAGGGGACAGUGCCCUGUUUGAUAUCGUGUGUGAAUCCUCUGUCACGGACGAAGACAGCAUCUUUGAACCUCAUUCACAAAGGCUUCAAACAGCCAUUAGAAAGAGACUCAAUCCAGGCCUGCUGCCUACCCAGCUGUCUUCUUCUUGCCAGAGCUCAGAAGACAGAGUUGGUGACAUGACAGUAAAGAAAAUCAAGCAGGAGAUGCCUGAGGACUAUUAUAUUGUAGCCAAUGCUGAACUUACAGGAGGUAUUGAUGGCCCUGCUUUGUCACUCACCCAGUCCACGAAGCAGAAAUCCCAAGAUCAUCCUUCUGGUACUUUGCCUUCACUUGUUGUGCCUCUAAAGCCUGCUCUCCUGACAUCUUCCUCCAUCCCUGUGGAUGGGAAUCCAGUGGGAUCUCCCCCAAACAACAGCACUUCCCGGGCAGCUGUUGCCAAGCAGCAGCAGUUGUGUGCCCCUCCUUCAGCUGGGCACGGCAAGCUGGUGAUGAACGUGCACCCACCCCACCAGCCCGUCGCCCUCCAGGGUCCUGUCAGUACAUCUGGUGCCAGCCAGCACAUCAACAUUCCCUUGUCUGCCCUGCAGUUUCCAGGCCAGGAUGAGCACUCGCAGCCUCUUCCCAAUGAAGACCAUGUGAAACCCGCCGCUAAGUCUGUUCCCCCCAGCGACAUGGCUGCCUCUCCUGCUACCAUUAACACGGAGCCAGAGGUCAGCUCCAGCCAGCAGCAAAGCGUAUCUCAUGUCUCCAGUGCCGAAGCCAAAGCUGAAGCAUCAGAGCUCGACGAAAAGCAAGCUGAGGCUAACAGGGAACAGAAUGAGAAGACCAUCCGGAGCACUCAGACUGCACUUAGAAACUUCAGAGAGUUCCUGAUUUCCAAGUACCCCUCUGAAACCCGGGAGAUAUAUGUGAUUCCAUGUAAUGAGCUGGAUUCCUAUUUGGCCUCCUUCUUUGUGGAUGCCAGACAAAAAGAUGGCUCAGAGUAUGAACCUAACAGCCUGGCCAACUAUCAGUGUGGCCUGGAGAGAUACCUAAAAGAACAUCGGUACGGGUAUAGCAUCACCAGGGAUAAAGAAUUCAGACGCUCCCAAGAGGCCCUUAAGCAGAAGCAGCUAGAGCUCAAGUUCAAGGGGAAGGGCAACAAGCCUCACAAGUCCAUGAAACUCACCUUUGCUGACGAGCUGAUCCUGAGGAAAAGGGGCCUCCUCAGUCGCUUCAACCCAGAGGGGCUUCUGAACCUUGUGUGGCUGAACAACACUAAGGCUUUUGGCCACUGCACAGGUUUCCACGGCUCCACACUGAGGUGGGGAGACAUAAGGCUGCGCUCUACUGAGACAGGCCUGGAGUGUCUGGAGUGGACUUACCAGGAGUCAUCGGACGCCAAUGCCAAGACCAAGAGGGCCGGGACCGAGUGUCGGAUCUAUGCCACACCCCACGCGCCUCAAACCUGUCCUGUUCAGGACUACAAGGAAUAUGCCCAGAGGAGGCCUCCAGCUAUGCGCUAUGAGGACGCCCCAUUUUAUUUGUCCAUCAAGCCCGUGGUCAAUCUGGCUGCUCUGCACUGGUACAACUGCCAGGCUCUGGGAAAGAAUAAGCUGGCCAAGAUGGUGAAGACCAUGUGUGAGAAGGGAAACAUCCCUGGUCGGAAGACCAAUUUUAGCGUCUACCAGAGCUGCAGCACCCUCUCCGAGGCUCAGAGCAAUCAGCUGGUGCUGAUCUGCAACAACCUCAGCCAGCAGGCCUCUCAGUCCAUGACCACCACCUCUAGUGGCACUAACUUUGUCAUAGCUGGCUCCUUUGACUCCUCUUCUGACACCACGUGAGUUUGACCUGUGGGGAAGGACAUACUGUAAGACUUAACCUUGGCAUUCCAGAUUCGGAAAUGUGUGUGCAUCAAGUGAAUGUUCCAUACUGCAUUUUUCUUUCUUCCUAAGUUCUUAAAACAGUAAGUUUCAAUAAUUAAAACAUCCUUUGAAAACAAAAUCUUGUAUAUGUUUCGAGUGCCUGAGAGAGACGUUUACGUUGUGUAGUAUUAAAAUUUGUUUUAUUUUGUAUGGGGUGCUGUGGUCUGCUUUGUUGGUUGAAAAUCCAAUGGUGACACACCUUGUCAUGUAUGUUUCUUUGAGAACAGUGUGAAGAAAUCUGAGUGAUAAAUGUAUUCAAGCACCAUUGGAGUUACAUGCUGUGACACCAGAACUCUGUAUUCCUGUGUGUGCUUUGACCUGUCUUCUCAGAAUAAAACCUAUUUAUAAAGGAGGAGAUACCCAUCCAUUUUCUAACCUCUUUAUCCAACAAAGUUCCGGGAGAGCCAGAGCUUAUCCCAGCAAGCAGAGGGUGCACAGUGGGAUACAUUCUCGAUGGGACACAAGUCCAUUGCAGGACACACACACACAGACACAAACACACAUACUGUACACACACUCACACCAGGGCCAGUGUUCCCAGAAUGUCCAGUUUAACCAGUACAGCAUGUCUGUGGACUUCAGGAGGAAACUGGAGAACUUGGCAAAAACCCUUGCAAACAUUAGGAGAACAUACUGUACUAACACAAUGCAGAGAGAGCACCCCAGGCCCAGAGGUGAACUCAGGACCCUAGCAUGGCAAGGUAACAAUGCUAACCACUGUGUGCCAUGUCAUACAGAGGAGAUAUUUCUCUGUGUUGUAUAAAUCUUCCACAUCCUGCCUGCCUUUGAAAUAGAAAGGUAAAAUAGAAGUAAAAUUGAAAGAACACUGUGCUACAGCUACUGGCUUUUGCUUUUUAAAGCUUUUAAAGGUUAACUUUAAAAUAUUAAAACCAUAUUUCAUUUGGAUGUUUGGAGAGGAGCCCUUGAUCAAUAAAUGGAUGAAUCACCUCAGUCAAAAUUGUCAAAAUAUGACUAUCAAUCCUCCAGUGCUCAAGCGCGUCUGUUGUAAACAAACACACUUGUAAAGAGGUUGGAUCUGCCCCAUUGUUUAUUUUUUUUGAAUUGUGAACUUUAAAAAGAAUUUCAAUUUUCAAAAAAAAGAGACAUUGUUUCAGUAAUGCCCUCUGCAAACCAAUAUGCUUCCAUCUGUCUAGGGGACUUUAUUUAUUCAUUUUUUUGGAAAUGAACCAGGGAAACAGUGUACACAUUUAUUGCAUUCUGUCAUCUCUUAUUACUGUACUUCACAAGGCCUUGACUGGAAGUGCAGCAACCAGCAGAGUAAAUAUGAAAGGAAUGGCUUAAACAGGGAAAGCUAGGAACAUUAAACAAUGACUUUAAUUUUAAUGUGUCGCAGGAUUAUCCACUACAUAGCUGGGCUGUAGUUAUACCAUGAGGCCUACUUAUUACUGGAAGCAGGCAGUUUGCAUGACAUUAGGGGCCAAGUGUACAACCACACAAGAGCCUCUGAGACCAGUGCAGGGCUGUAACAGUAAAGCUUACUUAAGCAGAGUAGUUAUUGCUAGUGAUAAUGCUAAAACAUAUAUUCUUUUUCUGUUUCAUUAUUAUCUACUAUUGUCACAAAGUUUGGAAUAUUUUUAUAUCUUUGAUGAUAUAACUGUUAUGGUUCGUCCUUGGGUAAACAUCAAAUGUGAAACAUUUCAUUGAGUCCCAGUGCUGCUCUACUUAUUCUGUGUGAUUUCUGUUAUUUCUGCUUUUUUCAACUAUUAUAAAUGUCAAAUGCAAGUGAGCUUCAAACUUUUGGAGAUAUUAAAAUUGAGCAUUUUUGGACCCUGAACAACAAAGGAUACAGUUAACAGUCCUUUACAUUUAAAAUACUGUAUGUGGCAGCACUGUUUAAGGAUGAAAAUUUUAUAACACGUUUUAAAGGGUAUGUCAACAGCCCUGGCUGAAAUACAGUAUUUGAACAGAUUGCACCGGUUCUGGAAAUAUAUAAUAAAAUCAGUGUUUAAUUCUCCUACUGUCAAAAACUGUUUUCCUAUUUUAGACCUAGGUUUGUUAAAACACGCUGGCGGAGUGUCCCCUUUAGAAACAGCCCAGUACCCCACUAACCAUCACCAGGGAAGAUGGGCUGUGAACUGCUCUUUCAAUAGUGUUUAAGAACCUGUGAUUUUGACCAUUAGUGUUAAUAAUUUUACCAAGACAUACUGUCACAUUGAAGAGCAUUUCUGUGAAUUGAAGAUGGCAGAUUAUAAUAAAAGUGUAGGCUUUAUCUCACCAUAUUUGAUUUUCCAAUAAAGAUUGUCCUAAAGGCACCCAUCCAUACCGGCUACCUAUGAAACUGUCUUUGGGUAUUUGUAUAUUGCACGUAAAAUGCACAUGUGUAUAAAUCCUAGAAAAUAUAUACAGUGUAGUGUGAACAAUUUUAGAAUGCCUUUAGUAUUUGUUUGUAAUUUGCACACAUUUUUAAUUUAUUAAAGUAGCUAAUUAUUGUUUUUGAAAUGACAAAAACUCAUAACAAAAUAGCAAGCCCACUUAUGUACAUUGUUUCGGGUAUCAUUGUUUCACAAUAUGCCUGCACUAAAAUAAAAUACAGUAAUUUUAUGUAAAAGCAUUUAUUACCCAUUGAAUAGAUGCAGAUAUUUAGCCUUCUUUUUUAAAGCUCAUCAUUUAUUACAUUUUUGUUUAUUACUGUUUCUGCUGUAUUAGACAUGUCUCAAUUAAGAAUAAUGAAAAAUCAGGAUAAGACGCAGUGUGCACUAAAAUUAAUAUGGCAUAUCUAAUAUUCACUGUCUUCUAAAGUGUAAUGAAAAUGUACAUAUAACCUGGAUUGAAACGUUACUGUGUAUGUAUUUGAAAUUUGAUGUGAGGUGCGAGCUGUUAAUAAUUGAAUAUUGAUUUGGAGCACACAUAUUGCCAACAAAUGACAUUGGACAUGUUUGAAACGAGCUCUGCUACAUCCCUGGAACCACAGAAAAUGAAUUUGUGAUUCAGAAGCUAGCUAAGUCAGGAGAAAUGGGAAGGAAGGAGAAUGCAGUGUCUCUUUUUUCUGAGUGUGAACAAUUGUAUCCAUGUACAUGAUUUGUGUCCCAACAGAAUUGUUAUAUUCCUCCAGUUUUAUGUUCUGCACUUUAAAAAAACAAUAUCUUGUGAAAAUUACUUUCCACAAUGCCAAGACUUCAGAUUGUUCUCAAUCAAACUACACACUGUGAGGUGAGAGAACUGGGUUGUGACUAAUGAAAAAGGUUUGAAGCUUCACAAGAAUAAUACUUUUAUGUGGCUGGAAGUUUCAAUUAUAUUCCUUUGUUUAAAUCAAUAUAUGACAGAGAAGAACCUCUAGCUGCCUGAAAAUGAUCCUUUUUGUUUGUUUAAAUACGCAUUUUAUUUGUAUUGUAUAUAUAGAAUUUAAGCCAUUAUGAAACAAUCUCAAUGCCUUUGGGCUCUUGUUUUGUGAAAUUCAUGCUAAUGUGAUUCUUCACAGCUUAACUGCAUUUUAAUGUCAUUCUUUUUAUGAUCAGCUUGUGAUUGAAUUUUACAUCAAGACCGACAAAUGCAAAAUAAAACAACAAAACAGUCA